AUGGCUUUCUUGGACCUAUUGGCAGAGCAGGUCUUUGAGAACCAUAUUGGGCAGGAGUUGGCAUCGCAGCGUGCACACCAGCUUCUCUAUGAUAUUGAUGAGUUUGCGGAUCCGGUUGAAGCUGUGGAUGCUGACCCUGGACUGGAUACGGCUGACGGACCAUUGGUCCCGCUCCACAUGUGCUGUUGGCUGGUUCUACUCGCAGAUAUGCCAAGGGAGCUCUCCGCAUUGUCCGGGUUUGUAAGACCCCACGUCGUCGACAAGCAGGCCGAGCUCCGGGCUGUGCCUUUCUGUGGAAAGGCGGCAAGAGGUUGCGAGGAUCUGCAUAUUGCCAUGUGGCCACCCAAACCGAUCCAGUGCCUCUCAGCCCUCUGCGACCAAUGGAUCGGCGGCUAUCUGCGGAUGAUAUUGACCGUGAUCUAUCUGACAGCUAUGAUGGGCCGAAUAAUGGUUGCAACUCGAGUUCUGAUUCUGAACGGCCGACCUUACCCAGGAAGCGGAGACGACCUGCUACACCACCGACAUUGCCCUCCCGAGCUCCUCUACAGCGGAGAAGAAGAAUUCUCCAGGGACAAUGUGCCAGGUUGCGCAAGCCCCUUCCUCGACUACGACGACCAGAAGCGCCCGACUUUGAACCCGGAGAUCAGGUCUAUGAAACGGGCCCAGAAGGCAGCCACCAAGGUGUACAACAAGAUGAAAGAGGCCCGCGAAAGGAAGGCGACCGAGACCCGGGAUGCGGCUGCGGCUGAACCUGUCGCUGAUUCCGCUGCAAAUGCAGCUAACAUCGUGGAGGUCUCUGCUGCAGAGUCCACCGAAUGUGCUCAUGCCUCCUCCGCGUACAUGAAAAAGUCAGUCUCGUGGGCUAUGGUCAUUGCCUCACAUUCUUCGGACGCCAACCCUAUGAUCUGGAUGGAGAGCAGUACUCUUUGUGUCCUCUGGCUGUUGAUGGACCGCUACGCUGGCCUGCUCACCCUUGUUCGAAUUCCAGGUGUCACCCAGGAUCAUGUUCGUGUGCACAAUGUUCUGCAGGGGAAGUCGAUGCUUGCAGCUUACAGCACUCAGACCCCGGAAUAUGCUUCCUUUGCCAGUGAUGCGAUUGCGACGGUAAGCACACUCCUGGAAGGUUCUAUUCGCACCAUGUGGCAGCACUUUCGGCAGCGUUACCAGACGGUGCAGAUCCGAGAUGAUGACAAUAGUCUGGAGCCUUCCUUCGAACUGGACGUGUCCCACGUGGGCGCUAUAUCUUCACUGCGACCCAUUGGUCUUCAGGAUCCUGUUGCCAAGUGCUAUGUGAAGGUUCUGGCGGAUGACCUUAAACCUUAUGCGAUGGCAUACCUCCGGUGGCUGCACAUUGUCGUCGAGGUCGAGAUCUUUCUUGCUUUUGACACGGCACCGUGGGCAUUGCUUGAACAGGCCCUGAAUCGCACCAAUGCGCCAAGCAAUCUCAAAGGACGCAUUAUGGAAUGGAUUACAGGUACAACCUAUGUGCUGGAGCACCGUGAGAACUGGCUCCGUAUUCCGGUGGGUGUAGGCAAUGAAUACAUACCACUCGUGCAGCAAAUUGACUACCUGGGUAUUGUCCUAUCGUAUGGACGGUUUGAGGACCUCAGUUGGAAGCGCAGGUUCGGUGUCUCCCAGGCCAGCUAUGAGUACAUCUGGCCUUACUGCUCGAUGGACGAGAACCUCCGCGAGGGUCAGGAACUGGCUCCUCCCAGUCGGGAGGAAACCAAGUACUUUGCGGACAUGUUUCCUUCUCCCACCCAGUUGCUGGAGCCAGCAGCCCCCAUGGAUACCAGUGCACAGCCAAAGCGUGGCAUUUUAGAAGACUCUUCGGCCAAGGAGGAGGGACAGCAGAAAGCUUUCAAGGCAGCGGAGCGGGCCACACCGAAAGCAGAGCCAGCGAUGACAGUGUCCACUACGGCCACACCGACCGGCUCCCAGAGUUCUCAGCCUCAACAAUCCCUGCCAUCGGCUUCAGUUCAGUUUUUGCUUGGGGCUGUAUGA